GGACGGUGGCCCGUGAGGCUCGUCGCAGACAACGCGGCGGCGAUGUCCGCGAGCCAGGCGAGUGCCGCGGCGGCAGCGGCGGGGCCUCGCGGGUGCAAGGGCGGCCUGGGCUUCGGCCUUCCUCCGGUUCCCUGGAAGCGGGCCGGCGGUCAGCGCGGGAGUAGCAGCCGAGGCGGAGGCUCCAGCGCGUCUCUCUCCUCCCCUUCAGCCUGAGCCAGCGGAGGCCAGGCAGCCCGGGUGGCUGGAGUGGGGUUCCCCUGUCCGAGAAUGGGAAUUCUCUUCACCAGGAUAUGGAGACUGUUCAAUCACCAGGAGCACAAAGUUAUCAUUGUUGGGUUGGAUAAUGCAGGGAAAACUACUAUACUUUACCAAUUUUCUAUGAAUGAAGUUGUACAUACAUCCCCUACAAUAGGAAGUAAUAUAGAGGAGAUAGUGAUUAAUAAUACACCUUUCCUAAUGUGGGAUAUUGGUGGCCAAGAAUCUCUUCGUUCUUCCUGGAACACUUACUAUACUAACACAGAGUUUGUAAUAGUUGUUGUGGACAGUACAGACAGAGAGAGGAUUUCUGUAACUAGAGAAGAACUCUAUAAAAUGUUAGCACAUGAGGACAUAAGGAAAGCUGGAUUGCUGAUUUUUGCUAAUAAACAAGAUGUUAAAGAAUGCAUGACUGUAGCAGAAAUCUCUCAGUUUUUGAAGCUAACUUCUAUCAAAGAUCACCAGUGGCAUAUCCAGGCAUGCUGUGCUCUUACUGGUGAAGGAUUGUGCCAAGGACUUGAAUGGAUGAUGUCACGACUUAAGAUUAGAUGAUCUCUCCUGACCUGACCUCUUCUCAUAGACUUUGCAUAAACGAAGUGCUAGACUUUGCCUGAAAGUUGCAAAAAUUAAUGGUUUAGAUAUAUUUAUAAUAAACUGAUUUAAACUUUUUCUAUAA